AUGCCGUGGAUCAAUUUCCUCUUUUUGAUGGUACACUUAGCGUACAGUCAUUUCCAUGAGCAAUUCUUUCAGGUGUAUGAUCCUACUAAAAUUGAUAUAACAGGUGCUCAAAUGGUGUUGGUUAUGAAAUUGUCUGCAUUUGGCUGGAACGUAUAUGAUGCUAAGCAACCUAAAGAAACAUUAACUUCAUUUACUAAAGAGCGUCUAAUUAAAAAGCACCCAAAUUUACUAUCAUACUUCGGUUAUGUUUUCUUCUAUGCUUCAUUGUUAACUGGGCCAGCGUUUGAUUUUGCUGAUUAUGACAAAUUUAUUCACUCCACUUUAUUCGAUGAUGUACCAGAUUCGAAACGUCCAGGGAAGAGACAUAAGCGUAGAAUCCCAAGAAGUGGUAUCCCAGCACUUAAGAAGACUCUACAAGGUGCUUUUUGGGCAGUAAUUUUACUUUUCUUGGGCAAGUAUGUGAGCCUUGACUACGUAUUAGACGGUAACUUUGUUAAAGAACAUGGAUUCAUAUACCGUAUAUUUUAUUUGUGGGUUUUAGGAUUUAACCAUAGGUUACCCUAUUAUACUAUUUGGUUAAUUGCUGAAGGUGCAUGCAUUCAAUGUGGUAUAGGCUAUAAUGGAUAUGAUUCUGUGACUGAUUCAUUCAAGUGGAAUCGUGUACAAAAUAUAGAUCCAUAUAAAUUUGAAACAGGCCAAAAUUGCCAUGUAUGCUUAGAGUCAUGGAAUAUGAAUACUAAUAAAUGGUUAAAGCAUUAUGUUCAUAAAAGAAUCGCAAAGAAAGGCAAGAAGCCUGGCUUUAAAAGCACCCUUUUUACCUUUUUAACAAGUGCCUUUUGGCAUGGAACCAGACCAGGGUAUUAUCUAACCUUUGUUAUGGGAGCAUUCUUACAGACAAUAGGUAAAAUUUACCGUCGCAACUUCCGUCCUAUGUUCCUUCAAUCAGAUGGUGCCACUCCUAAACCCACCAAAAAGAUAUAUGACUUGGUGUGUUACAUUUGUACACAAUUAGCAUUCGGCUUUAUUGUUCAACCUUUUAUGAUUUUGGACUUCAAGCAAUCACUUUACUGUUGGCUGACUGUCCACUUUUAUGUCCAAAUUGCUACUUUCAUAACUAUAUUUGCAUUUAAGGGACCUUACAGCAAAUCCAUCAUUGCGUGGUGUAUGUCUCGUCACGAUUCAAUCAAGAAAGAUGAGAAGUUUAUUCGUCCUGAACUUAAGUUAUCUCAAGAAGAAACAGCUAAAGCUAAAGACGUCGUAUAUACGAUUUUAGAGAAGAGAGAUGAUAGAUUGAGAAGCCCUGCAUUAGGAUUACCGCCUAUUGAUAUCUUGGAAUCUAUAGACCAAGAGGAUAUAGAUGAAGAUUUGAAAGAAUUAAGCGAAGUAUGGACUUCAUUUAGAGGACGCCUUUCAAAUCUUAAAGAUGAUGAUUUCGAUGGCUUGAAAGAUGCAUACAGUAAUUUCACCAACGAGAUUAAUGAAAUUUUCCAUGUCAAGAAAGAGGACUUGUUAUCCAAGAAGCAACCCUAA